CCCAUUUCAGAGGAAAAAAAAUGGUUUCUUUGUCAUCUUCAUUGUUCAUAAUAAAACCAUUUUUGUGUUUCAUUUUGUUGUUCUUGGCCACAUUCCCUAGUUAUGUUCUUGGGGCCAUCGAGGUUCAAGAUUUAGUCAUAGAUUCUCCUUUAUUAACAAAAAAUAUUCCCACGAAUCGAACCAUUAAGGUCGACGACGAAGGCGAAGGCGAAUUCAAAUCCAUCCAAGCCGCCAUAGAUUCUAUUCCUGAAGGAAAUUCUCAGUGGGUCAUCGUCCAUGUUAGGAAAGGAGUAUACAGAGAGAAGAUAACGAUACCGAAGAGCAAGCCGUAUAUAUUCUUGAGAGGAAAUGGAAGAGGAAAAACUGCGAUAGUUUGGUCUCAGAGUUCUAUUGAUAAUAUAGAGUCAGCAACUUUCAAAGUCGAAGCUCAUGACGUCAUUAUCUUUGGAGUCAGCAUCAAGAACGAGGCACCUACUGGGGUUGCUUAUACAUCACAGAAUCAAUCAGUAGCAGCAUUUGUAGGAGCAGAUAAAGUGGCAUUCUAUCACUGUGCACUUUACAGUACUCACAAUACUCUCUUUGAUUACAAAGGCAGACAUUACUAUGAAGAAUGUUACAUUCAAGGUUCUAUUGAUUUCAUCUUCGGCCGUGGUAGAUCCCUCUUCCAUAAAUGUGAGAUAUUUGUGAUAGAUGACAAGAGGACAGCGAUAAAGGGGUCAAUCACAGCACAGAACAGAGAGUCCGAAUCAGAGGCAAGUGGGUUUGUGUUCGUGAAAGGGAAGGUGUAUGGCAUUGGUGGGACCCACCUAGGGAGGGCAAAGGGUCCUUAUUCGAGGGUCAUCUUUGCCAAAGUCUAUCUCUCUGCCACUGUUGUUCCUGAGGGCUGGGCCCACUGGAGCUAUGCCGGCUCCACAGAGCACUUAUACCAUGGGGAGUACAAGACCUUUGGACCUGGAGCUAAUACAACAAAACGAGCUAGUUGGUCCAAACAGCUCACUGAAAAAGAAGCCGAACCCUUCAUGUCUGUCGAUUAUAUUGAUGGCAAGGAAUGGCUUCCUGCUUGGCUAUCAACUUCAUCUAUAUGAUCGCAUGAAGAUAUAUAUAUAUAUAUAUAUAUGUAUGUAUAUCGAUCUCGUUGACAGAUAUACUUCUCAACCAUGCCAUCUGUCGUUUGAAGACUCCGAUGUACGUACGUAAGUGUCUGCAUGGAGGUUUCAAUUCCUUUAUGAUGAUCCGUUGUUAAUUUUAAACUACAGUUGAAAUAUCGUUCACUAUGCAUGUACUUAGCUAGAUCACUCCAUGUAACUCCGACUAAUUUAUAUAAAAAGGCACAAUGAUUGUAAUUUCUAGUUUGUAUAUGCUCAAUUACUAGCUUCAGAUCAAGGGAUUUAAUUGUGCAUCUGAUUCUUGGGCUGUUAGGUCUUAGGUGUUGUUCUUGAAGUUGAUUUGUACUAUGUAAACCAGAAACUUGCUGCCUUUAUAUUUUAUGAUUCUUUCAUAACAAAAUUGUUGUCAAGUUAAUUUAUUGUUAAUGACCUCGGUUUCUAAGAUGAUCAAUAUAUUGUUCCACUUAAUUAGUUA